CACACAUUUCUACAAACACCGUCCAACCAAGAUGGCGAAGAUCGCGGGUGCUGUUGUUGAGUUGACAAGGCGGUGCCCGACAGUGGUGGACGCAGCAUACAACCACAAGCAGUUCUCCGAGGUGUUGGAGCAGAAUGAGGUUGUGGGACUCUACUUCUCAUCAUAUUCGUGCCCGGCGUGCCGAAAGAUGACGCCGAAGCUGGUCGAGGUGUACAAUGACCUUCGACGAAGAAAUCGCAGCUUUGAGAUGGUGUUUGUGAGUGGGGAUACGUCCCAGCAUGACUUUGUGGGCUACUUCUCCAGCAUGCCAUGGCUGACGCUUCCAGACUUCCCUGCUUCCCCCAGCAUACUGUUUGCGUUCUUCCGUGUGUGGAUGCUGCCGACCCUGAUUCUGCUGCGCUCAGACGGCACCGUUAUCACGCGAUCUGGAUGCUCGCUGCUGCUCAACCACGCGCACGAGUUCCCAUGGCCCGGUUACCGCGACGCAAAUCGCUUUCUCUCCCUCAAUACAUGCAUUGCUCUCACUGCCCUGUGUGCCCUUGCCGGGCUCCUCUACCUGCUCCUCAUGAUGUUGUAGCCACCUUGUGUGUGUGUGUGUGUGUGUGUGUGUGUGU